UUCACGCCGUACCUCCUCUUUGAAUUUUGCUGUCUUUAUAAAUAGCAACAUCCCCUUCAAUCUUGAAAAUUAAUCCAACUUAUCCAUCAUCAUUCUUCCAAAUUCUACCCAAAAACCCAAACAAUCAACAAUGAGUAAGAGUGGCAAAGAUGAAGAAUCCAAAGGCAUCGAGUACCCCGACAUCGCAACUCAGCCAGCAGCUGACACCCACGGGCCGUCUUCCUCGGGCACGGCGGACGCGGAGAAGUGGGGAACUCACGUGAUGGGGACGCCGGCGGUGCCGACGUGCCAUCCAAACAACCAAAAGGCAGCAUUGUGGGGCGUAGCUGAUCAAAAGGACUACCAAAACCACCAUCAACCCUACAUCCAAUACUCCCCCAUUGAGAGAAACAGCAACUCAGUUCUCCAGAAAUUCAACACGUGGAGCACCAAGGCUGAGGCUACAGCCAACAACAUCUGGAAAAACCUUAAGACAGGAUCGUCUGUAUCGGGAGCAGCGUGGGGGAAGCUGAACCUGGGCGCCAAAGCAAUAACAGGAGGUGGAUUUGAGGCUCUUUACAAACACAGUUUUGCUACUUAUCCAAAUGAGACGCUGAAGAAAACCUUCGCCUCUUACCUAUCAACUUCGACCGGCCCCGUCGCCGGCACCCUCUAUCUCUCCGACGUCCACGUCGCCUUCUGCAGCGACCGCCCCUUGUCCUUCACCGCCCCCUCCGGCCAAGAGACCUGGAGCCAUUACAAGAUUUUGAUACCAUUGGCAAACAUAGGCAGCAUCAAUCCGGUGAUGAUGAGGGAGGAUCCGAAGGAGAGAUACAUACAGUUGGUGUCAACGGACGGCCAUGAUUUCUGGUUUAUGGGAUUUGUCAACUACGACAAAGCCACCACUCAUCUCUUUGAUAGCAUUUCUAAAUUUGCAGCAGCCGGAGUUCCUGUUGCUCCUCCGCCUGUCGUUGAUGGUGGAAAGCAGACUUAGACAUCAUUCAUGUACCGCACCUCCUCAUAUCUUUCAUCCUUCCACACAUCAUUGCUUAUUUCGUUUUAUACACUUUGACAUUUCAUCAUUCCUUUCAUUUCUAUUGUUGCUUCUUGCUUGUCUAUCAUGAUUUUUUCACUACUUGUAUCUACUAAUUGCAAUACAAUUUAUCUGCUUAAAGCUUCUACCAUUA